AUGGUUGAUUCACAACUAGCACAAUUGGCCGAGAGAGUUUCUUUUCACUCAUCUUCCACUUUGCCUGGACAAUCACAAACCAACCCUUCCAAUAUUAUAAAACCCGACUCUUGCAAGGCAAUCACAUUGAGAUCGGGUACAUCUUAUGAGAGUCCCAAGGAAGAGGAUGGUAAGGAAAAGGAGGGAGAAGAAGAGAUGAGUGAUGAUAAGAAAGUUGAAGAAGAGAAGGUUGAUGAGAAAGAGAAGAGUAUGGAGAAAAAGAAGACUAAGGAUGUGGUGACAUCCUCAACUUCUAGUGAGACUAGAAACCUUGAUGGACCGGUUCCUUUUCCCGGUCGGCUUACGGAGAGAAAAUUGAACGAUAAAUGUGCAAGGUUUCUAAGUGUGAUGAAAAACUUACACAUUAACCUCCCUUUCAUUGAAGUUGUCACACAAAUGCCUACAUACUCCAAGUUCUUGAAAGACAUUCUCACCAACAAAAGGAAGCUUAAUGAUGAGCUUAUCACUCUUCCCCAUCAAGUGAGUGCACUUGUUCAACACAAAAUUCCCAAGAAGCAAAAGGACCCGGGAAGCUUUACCUUGCCGGUCAAAAUUGGGAACAUGGAAGCUAGGGGUGCCCUAGCCGACCUUGGAGCAAGUGUUAGUUUAAUCCCUCUAUCCAUUGCUCAAAAGCUUAACAUUGAGAUGAUCCCCACUAGGAAAACCAUUCAAUUGGCCAAUCGAUCGGUGAAGCUACCUUGUGGAGAGCUUGAAGAUGUCCCUAUUCAAGUUGGGAAUAUCUAUGUGCCAUGUGACUUUUGUGGUGAUGGAUAUGGAAGAAGAUGUGGAUACACCUUUGAUCUUGGGCCGUGA